GACCUAGACUUCUUGCAAUGUCGCAGAGGUUCUGCUUACUAGUUAGGCUUCUACUUGCGUUCCCAGUGAUGGACUACGCUUUGGGAUUACACGGAGAGUUACGGAACGUGACGUCAUCUCGAUUUCAGCCACAACAGCAUCUGCUUGGUCCAAAAACAAGCAUGGGGACAAACCUAGAUGCAAAGUCUGAAGAACAUGGGAAACGACAACACUCGGUUCUUCAAGAACAGUCCGUAACCCGAGAAAACAAACCAUGGAUAAAGGACGGCUCUGUGAUUGGCCGAGAGCCACAAAGUAGGAACCACGUGCACGUGCGACGUGAAGAAAAUCCAUCACACUCGAUUGGUGAAGAGAAUGAGUCACGUGCGGAAAAUCAAGAGAACCCGAUUGGUCGAGUAUUUGAACUGCGCGCCAAACGAUCCGUUAAUGUUUACAGUGCCUAUUCGGUGAUACGCGAACUAGGUGGUGAAGAUUUGGACACAAAGUGUCAAUUAUUGACAAACUUUGACCGUUUAUUAAGCAAUCUACAUUCCACUAAUUGGUUAGAGAAACGACAUGAACAACAGCCGAGAGAUAACCAUAAUGACACACGCAUGACGUCAAAUCUCAAGCAUGAUAUGACACGUUUAUUUACAAACGCACUGUUUCAAAAUUUAGCCGACCCCGAGCAUUUUUCAAGAGCGAAACUCGAAUGCACGAAAUAUACUGAACAUGGACGCAAACAACCCAGUCAAAUGAUUCCCGGGGACACAGCAACUUCAUCGAAGCGACGUCAGAAACGUUUUUCGUUCAUACAUCCCGGGACGAAAUGGUGUGGACCGGGUGACAUUGCUAGUGGAUUUGAUGACCUUGGUGCGUUUGGGAAGAUCGAUACAUGCUGUAGAUCACACGACCACUGCCCAGCGAAGAUCCUAAGUUGGGAAACGAAGUAUAACGUGUUCAAUCAUAGAUUGUAUACGUUAAGUCACUGUGACUGCGAUGACAGCUUUCGAUAUUGUUUACGAUCAUCAAAAUCUAAGACGGCUGACGAGAUUGGAAAAGCAUUCUUUAACACACUUGGGGCAAGCUGUAUCACUCUACGAAGGAAGCCGAAAUGCAUCGAACACAGCUGGUUGGGAGCCUGUAACAAAUAUAGCGCGGACGAUAGCACGAUCGAAGCUGACGUACACAAUUCUGAUACAUAUGUCCCGUCGAUAUAUUAAUCAUGAUUAAUUGAUGAUUUUCUGAAGUGUUUUUUUAAUGUAACGUUUGCACCCCCACGAAUUCUUUAAUGAUACGUCGGAGAUUUGUGACAAAUUGACUCCAGUUGACAAACGUAUGGAUGAGAAUGUACAAUGUAGUUCAGAAGAGAAAACAAGAAAGCGUCUUCGGGGUCAGUUUAUUAAGGUAUCGUCCCUUCGGAAUUUGCCAUAUAGAUCCUGAAAUGGCUCUAUAGCAACGUCAUUAUAUGUUAUGACAAUGUUGGGGAAAGAAUUGGGUUUUGAAUUCUUGGUCUGUACAAUGAAAAAUAUGAUUGUUCGAAACUAGUACCACGUAUAUAAAUUACUGUAG